AUGAAAGCCCGUGAAAAAUGGGGUUUAUUGAUGUUAAAUACAUCAUUGAUUUCAAAGUAUUGUUUAUGUGAUCUCUUGAACUCGAAAUCGAGCAUACGAGAUCAAUUGACAAGAGAAGAUGAUUUUGCUGUACCUGGUCCAGAUCGACCUAAACCAAUUUAUAAUACUGAUUGGCGUCAAAUGCCGUCAAUUCCGCCUCGUCGAGGAAAACAUUAUGACAAUAUAAAAGUUGGACCUCCUAUUGUAGAAUGUGUUUAUCCACCGACAAUUUUUUUCGGUCGUUUAUUUAGAAUAAUAUGGGGUGAAAAUCCUAUUUUGGAAAUUUCUCAAUCAUCUAUUGAUGUAAAUGAUUAUUUACCUAUUUGUUUACAUCCUUCUCCACUUCCAACGUUAACUGAUUAUAUAAAACAUAAAACACUUUGUGCUAAACCAAUUAUUUGGAUUAUACGAAGAUCUCAAGUACAACCUCAUCCUAAAUAUCGAUCAGCUAAUGAAAAAUCAUUAAUUGACGAACUUCCAAUUGAUCAAAAAUAUAAUUUUACUUUACUUGGAGAUGGUCGUCUUGUAUUUACUCGAAUUCCACAUUCAAAAUUCAAAUAUCCAUAUCGAUUAUUAUCUAAACAUGUUGCUCUUGCUAAACGUUCUUCUAAUGUACGAUUUGCUGGUGAAUUAAGAAAAACAGAUAAUGGUGAAACAUUACUUAUUAAGAAUAAUUCGGGUACUUAUAAACCAGAUGAUAAAAUGACUCCAUCAGCAGUAGCUUAUUUUCAACAACUCUUUCCUCAUUUAUAUGUACGUGGAAUACCAAGAGAUUAA